GCCUUACCGAAAUGCUCUAUGACCCUCCUUUGUUUUUUUCUUCCCCUCCCUCCCCCUAUAUCUCCACGUUUCCUUUGUUCUUUCCUCAAAAGCAUCCGCGACUCAGUGUUCUAUUUAUGUAUUCGCGCCGUGUGGAACUAAAAUGGCAUCAAAAUCUACAGCCUUACCGAAAUGCUCUAUGAGCCUCUUUUGUUUUUUCUUCCCCUCCCUCCCCCUAUAGCUCCACGUCUCCUUAGUUCUUUCCUACUCAAGUCUCUCUCUCUCUCUCUCUCUCUCUCUCAUGGAAGCAAGGCUCUUCCUGCAGUGUAAGAGCCAUUUCUCAACUCCGGCACACCGGAGAAGCGUGCGUCCGGCUAAAUAUCCUCCUCCUAUUCUCUCUGUUCUAACAAGGCCAGCAGAUCACGUAAAGAAAGAAUCAGACUCUAAGACAGUUCAUAAUGAUAACUGGUUUGAUCUCAUCGCCAUUAACCAUCUUUCCCGGAGUGUCCAAGCCACAACAGGGGUGAGCAACAGUAAGAGUGGGUAUAAAAGCUUGGUGGAGGCAGCUACCGUGGCCUCGCAGAGCUUCAACCCGAUCCAACAACGCGAAGUAGUCAUAAAAGCUCUUAACAAAGCCUUCCCAAGGCCUAUCCUAACCAUGAUCAGGACAUUGCUACCAAAUUCGAAGUUUGCGAGGGAAUAUUUUGCUGUUUUCACUACUAUAUUUUUUAAGUGGUUGGUUGGGCCAUGUGAGGUGAGGGAGUCGGAGCUCGAUGGUAGAAGAGAGAGGAAUGUAGUCCACAUAAAGAAAUGCAGGUUUCUAGAGGAGUCAAAUUGUGUUGGAAUGUGCAUUAACCUCUGUAAGAUGCCAUCCCAAACCUUCAUCAAGGACUCCUUGGGCAUGCCAAUCAACAUGGUUCCCAAUUUUGAGGAUAUGAGUUGUGAGAUGGUAUAUGGUCAGGGUCCUCCCCAAACAGCUGAAGAUCCAGCAUUUAAGCAGCCAUGCUUCAAACUGUGCAGAGCAAACCAAAAGCAUACCACAAAUUGUUCCAGCGAGCAAAAAUGGAGCAUAUCAUAAUAAACAGGAUAUAGAAUAAGUUAUUUUUUUGGGCAUUGGCAACUGAUGGAGUGCAUGAAGUCCAAUACUAUCUAUUUUUUUUUUCUUCCGAAUAGUCUUUCAUGUUCAUUCAUAAAAUGGUAUUUUUGUAAAUUCUGCAUAUUGUACCAAAUGUGACGAUUGCAAUUUGAUAUAAUUAUCUAACCUCGU